AUGGCCCCUGGUAUCUUUUAUCCUCAGCAUCAACUACAGGACUACGGCUGUCCUUCAACAACGAUAAGUAAAAAAAGUUGUAAAAAAUGGGAUUUUUAUGAAAUACAACCUGAAGGUCAUGUUGUCUGCCAGGCACCUCAUCUUCCAAAGCAGUCAUUUAUUUUUGGCAAGUACUGGCCACCGAUAUUCAAGCCAGAAAAUAUAAAAAGUGUCAAAAAUAUGAAACCCCGCGAUGACGACGUAUUUGUUUGCACGUACCCAAAAUGUGGGACCACUUGGAUACAACAUAUAUGUGCUCAACUGAUGAGUAAUAAGUAUGGGCCUGAAGCUGGAAAUGAAUUGUCUAUAACAAGUCCAAUGAUUGACCGGAUGGGGGCAGAAUACGCUGACCGCUUGUCCAGUCCACGGUUGCUCAAAACACACAUGACUUGGGAUGAUCUACCUAAGAAUCCGAAAGCGAAAUAUAUCUUCUGUGUCCGAAAUCCUAAAGAUUGUUUAGUCAGUUAUUACUUCCAUAACCAGAACUUCAAGAUAUACAACUACGAAGAAGGAGAGUUUGAUUAUUUCUUCAACUUUUUCAACUCGAAAAAUAUAGCUUUUGGGAAUUAUUACGACCAUUUCCUCAGCUGGAUAAGUCACACUGAAGAAGAAAAUGUAUUAUUUUUGAAAUAUGAAGACAUGUGGGAAAAUCUUGAAGACGCUGUGAAAAAAAUAGGACGUUUCCUUGGUGGAAGGGCUGUACAGAAGAUUGAGGAUGAAGAAGAGUUUAGAAGGAUCGUGAAUGAAAGCAAAAUUGACUCGAUGAAAAAGGACCAGUCGAGAUGGUUCCCCGCUGACAACUUGCGAGGAAAACCGUUUAUAAGGAAAGGUGGAAGCCGAGACUGGAAAAAUUACUUUACCAAGGAGCAGUCUGAUUGUAUGGAUAAAGAAUGGCGUGAAAAAGUUUGUGGUACGAUUGCGGAGAACUGGUGGAAAGAAGAAAUGGCUUGGGACGUCAACGUAGAGACUACCAAGACUGUGCAAGAAGACUUUUAUAGUUCUGGUCCACUGUCUCCCACCGACGAUUUCUUAUUUACUUCUUCAGACUUGGGGUCCUUUGGAAAACCUAGUGAGUCAAUUUUAAUCGGUUCGUGUCGGCAGCAUCUCUCGUCGACAUCGAGCGAAUCAGGUUAUGGAUCGUUUGAUGAAAACUUUAUUGAAGGUCUGUUAAAGAGAUAA